AUGAGCCCCCCUUCUCCCAAGAAGAAGAAUGGCGGCAAUACUUCUGUUCCGAGACAGAUUCGCUUCGUCGCAACCGACGGCCAGCCGCAGACCAAACGUCGCCGAGUCAACGCCGCUUGUUUGACUUGUCGUCGGCGCAAGAUUCGAUGCUCGGGUGAACAACCAGUAUGUAGAACAUGUUCUGACUACAAGCAUGUCUGUCUGGGCUACACCGACUCGACUGCGCAUUUGCGAUCGCAAUCGGAUUCCGCCCCUCGAGCGCCGCCUUUGCCCAACAUUUCCGCUGUCAACGAUUCCAGCCAGCGUGGCUCUCGAGUGGUAGAGAGUAGUUCUCCGGAGCCGCCGCCUGCCCCCAUCCCGCGAUCUGCAGUCGAGAAAUCCCCUCGAAUAUCAAAACUACCGGAUGGCAAGGAUGGCUCGUCAAGGGAGAUGGCGGGGCGAGUCAACAAAGAACCCGAUUCUCAAGCAGUCAGUGAAAGCCCUGACAGUGGACGUACCUCGGUGAGCUCUGGCAGUCGUACCCAUGUUCCAUACUUUCGGUAUUUUGGGCCUACUGCGAUCGUGCCUGGCUUUAAACAAAUGGUUGUGCAAGUUCGAGGUUCACGCAAGAGCAAAUCCUUGUCCUCGGAAUCUCAUUCCCCUGCCCGGAGUCCUAAACUGCCUGAUGCUGCUCCCUCGCCUCCAGUCACUACCGCAGAGAACCGUGACUCUCGUGAUGCAAACACCAUUCCAUUUUAUGAUCGCGAUGACACCCUUCCGGUCUCAAAUCUGGUUUCGCAUCUAUGUGAGCUCUUUUUUGCCCAUCUGGGAUGCAGUUUCCCCUUUCUGCAACGUGAAAGAUUUUUGCAGGAUUUGAAGGAGAAAAAGGUCGACACCAUGCUAGUGGAUGCGGUCUGUUCUUUAGCAGCGAGGUUUUCUCCCCAUCCCUUACUGGGAUCUCCUCAAGCUCAACCAAUCGAUCCCUCGCUGCCUCCUCCAGUUGUCAGGAAGUGGGACCGUGGUUUGCCAUUCGCUCAACGCGCAAUGAGCGCCCUUGUGGAUAUUCUGUCGUGCCCGACCCUGUCUGCUGUACAAGCUUGCUUGUUGUUGGCUUAUGAACAGUUCGGUUCAAACCAUGACAGUGGUCUGUGGAUGUACUUGGGGAUCUCGAUUCGCAUGGCGCAAGAUCUUGGUCUGCAAAAGUUUCAAGGACUGAAACACAACUACGGCCAGAGUGGUGUGAUGCCGAGCGAGGUUGUGACGGGGCAGGCUGGGAAGCUAAGGGAAGAUCAGUAUGAUGAUCUGGAUGCCAGCCAAAUUCAAACCUUACCGCCUGCGGUGGGGACGGAACGGGCAAGAGAGCGGGAACGGGUGGAUUCAUUCUGGAGCAUCUUCUUCCUCGAUCGCGUCAUUUCUUCGGGUACGGGCCGACCAGUGACAUUGCGUGACGAAGACAUCGAGCUAUGCUUUCCCCUGCAGUCCGAAUCUCAACUUCCAAAUGGCUGGCCCGCUCCUUUUCCACCGUUAAUUCGGAUCAUUCACCUCUAUGGCCGAGUGACAGACCUCAUCAAUGGCAUUCAGGAUGUCAAUCACGUCACGUCGGACACACUCAAGAGGCUGGCGGGGAUGGAAAGUGAUUUAACCGGCAUCUACCAGCGUCUGUCACCAAAACUACACUUCAAUGCGGCGAACUUCCAGGCUUACGUCAAGGCCAAGGAGGGAACCAAUUUUAUCCUUCUCCAUUUUUGGUUUCAUACCCUUAUUGUCCUACUUCACCAGCCGACACUUCUGAACUCAUUUGGCGGGACAAUACAGCAUCUGUAUCCCAACAGUCGCGAACUGUCAAUGUCGUCGGCCAAGACUAUUGCGGAUAUUCUGUCGUUCUCGGAACUCGUAGAUGGCAAGAGCUUCAUUGGUAACCCAUUCACGAGUCAGCCCAUGUACAUCGCUGCGUGUGCCUUUCUCAUGGAGAGCGCCUACUACUCGUCACCCACCUCGGGAUCUGCUUCGUCUCAUCCAGAACCGUUACUGGCGAAUCAAUCGAGUGGAUUCGUGAUGCCCACGAUGGAAUCUUCUAACGGCUCGGAACGAAAGUCCACAGCGAAGCACAUCCUGCUCGCCUCCGCAGCCAAGGAGAACUAUCAACGAUGCUACAAGGCAUUGAAGGCACUGGACACGUACUGGGAGGGAACCAGGUACAUCUUGACAGUACUGGACCAGAAGGCCAAGGGAAUCGUUGACCCUCUUCUCUACACUACUGAGGACAUGGAAAAUACCGCGGGACUGUCUUCCGUGCAGCCUUUCGCACAUCAUGGAUGGCCUGGAGCCCGACCACCAAUGGACCCCGGUUUUGAUCCAGAGAGGCCCCCGGAGUGGCUGACAUUUCAUCGGAUGGGAAAUGCUAUUGGGUGGGCACUCACGGGCGCGACAAAUUCCUCGCAGCCUAAUCUAAGUGUGCUGUAUCAAAUGCCCACGACACCGACAGAGCCCGCAUCCAGCAAGCCCGCAUACUCGUCCCAAUACAGCCACAGCUACCCAUCUAUGCCUGUCCAAGCAGAUGGCGGGGAGACCUCGGGCGCCUCAUACCCCCAGCCUCUCGCCACAACUCGAACCCAGGAAGAGACACGGAACUCAUCACUCGCUGCCGGCCAUGCGAAAUACCCUUCGGUGCCAGCCACACCCAUGAAUCCCGACUCAUCUUACUAUUUGGGCAUGCAUUCGCCCUAUCCAGAAUCAGGCCCGCGCACCUCGGCAGCACCUCACCCAACAUACAACCCGAGCCUUUCGUCCUCGCAGUUAGAUGGUCACCACCCCGCUUACAGUUACUCUGUUCCUCCUGGGACGGCCGAUUCGCAAGCCAGCACGAGCCAGAUCGGAUCUCGACCGGAUCUCCAUCCGAGCAUCAACACUAAUCCCGGGGGCAUGAUGAUCGAGAGCCAUGAUGUUGAUGUUAAUUCUCUCCAUCACCAGGAGUCCUUCCCAUUCUCGAACGGCGAGAUACUUCCGUGGCUGGAGUACCUACCACAAGAUGUGCUCAGCUUCUUUGGCGAGAACCAUAACUACCCGCUCAUGAGCCCCGACGAUACCACGCCACGGCCCCCUUGA